AUGAAGGUACUGCUUUUGACUGCAUUGGUCCUUGCUGUGGCCAUGGUGGCUCAGUGCAAACCAUUCAGAGAUGGUGAUGAACGUCCUCCUCCUCCUGGUCCUGGUGUCAGACCUCUCCCUUCUCCUGGUCUUGGUGUCAGACCUGACCCUCCUCCUCCUUUUAGUCCUGGUGGCAGACCUCCCCCUCCUCCUCCCUCUGGUCCUGGUGGCAGACCUCCACCUCCUCCACCCUUUGGUCCUGGUGGCAGACCUCCCCCUCCUCCUCCCUCUGGUCCUGGUGACAGACCUCCACCUCCUCCUCCCUUUGGUCCUGGUGGCAGACUUCCCCCUCCUCCUCCCUUUGGUCCUGGUGACAGACCUCCACCUCCUCCUCCCUUUGGUCCUUUUGGCAGACCUCCACCUCCUCCACCCUCUGGUCCUGGUGGCAGACCUCUCCCUCCUCCUCCUUCUGGUCCUGCUGGCAGAGACAGACCAUUUUCUCCAUUUAAUUCUGAUGACAGUACUUUGCCUCCUCCUCCUCCCAGCUAUGACAGCAACAGACUUUUUACCACACGUGGACAAAAGGAUCCAUACGAGCCUGGAACCACUGGUAUGUUUACACUUUUAUAUGAUGCUGUAUUUAUGUUUAGCUUUUUAUGCGUUGAGUAG